AGGACGUUCCAAACAAAAUUCAAACUGAAUUUUCGAAUGCGACGGUUCAGUGUGAAUUACAUGAAUGCUUGAGAUGUGGUCAGAUAUUCAAGAGCAAAAUGGAUUUGAUGAACCACAGACUAUGUCGAAACCGACAGCUAGAACCACUGGAAAAGACCUAUCAAUGCAACAUAUGCUCAUUUUUUCUGAAUGACCAAGAAUCAUUUGAUGAUCACAAGAAACAACACGAAGACAAAUCAUCGCCAUUUGAAUGCGUUAUUUGCAAUAAAGUUAUGUCAUCGAAAGGCGUUCUAACGAGACAUAUGAAUGUUCAUAUUGGCAACGUUUCGGGCGUGUGUGAGAUCUGUGGCAAAGCAUUUAUUCAUCAAAGUUCUCUAGAAACACAUAUGAAAUUCCAUAAAAAUAUACGAACAAAAAAAUGGCCAGAUUGUCCAAUGAUAUUUGUCACAACGUCUCAUUUACGACAACACCUUCAAACCCAUAGGAAAGAUAAACCAUACACAUGUAACAUUUGUGGCAACUUGAAAGCGCAUGAGAAAUUACAUUUGGGAACCGAUAAAAUUAAUAAGUGUUCGCAAUGCGAUACACAAUUUGCAAGGCACUCCAAACUAAUGCAACAUAUUCAGCAGCAGCAUUAA